CCAGUCAUGGAAGCUCAUGUAUCCUUUCUUUGUAGAUAUUACUGAUGCAGUAGCGGGAUGCCAACUUAGUACAUCAGCAAAGAGUAAGCUUCAUAAAGUUAUCAAAUGGUUACAGAGAAGUGCAGAUGUGCAUGGAAAUGGUGGAAGAAGCUACUGUCAAGUAUGCUUUUAGUCACAAAGGGAGUUAAAAUAUUCUUUCUUGCUUAUGAUCACAUGCAUUGCUACAUAAAUCAUAGAGUGAAAUACACACUCUCAGAGGGGGCUGUGUGAAGUCUACAUAGUUGAAACCUUCUUCCCAUGCUCAAAACAAUCAUCGGGAAAAUAGCACUCCUACAUUGGAUAUGAUUCUGGGCAGAUAAUAAAUUCUGUAAAUGCAUAUUCUAUUCUAUAUUUGAUCUCUGUCAUUUCAUGUUCAUUGUUUAAUUUAAAGAAACGUGCUUGAUUCAUUGCAUUUAAAUUCUUCUCAAGAUUCAAGUCCCUCUCUUGUAAUAUGAAAAAUAUAUUAUUUGUAUGUUCUUCAAUCGCUUAAAAAGAUUGAUUUCAUUUACUCCAUAUAACACUCUGCAGUGGAUACCGUUGCAAAUAAACUGGAAGCUACAUAAAGAGACAAAAUAUCAGGAUUGCUUCUCCCUUGAAGAAUUAUGUAGGCUUUCUCGUUCCUGCAAGGCAAGCUUUUACGCUUCUGUUGGUGAAAUAUUUCUGCCAAUAUCCUGUAGGAACCAGCAUGAACCUGAGACUGAAUUCAUGUUCAUUAGUAGGAGGCUUUACACACAUGCAGAUAAUAACUUGGUUGAUGAUUUUGUUGCUCUUGGCUGUCAUCUGUGUGGUAUUCCUUUGAAUCAAGAACAUGGAUCAACCUUGAUUGUGGCCUCUCAGUUCUAUUGUCAGAAAAGCUCAAAUCACCUUCAUGUGUCACGCCACAUAUAUAGACCUUUCUUGAAACUAUGGAUUAGUUACAAGAAGGAUGCUUUCAUGUGACCUGAAGAAGAAGCAUUCAUCCGACAGAAACAAUUCCUCAUUACUGUGCCAGUUAUGCACUUACCAGAGUUUCCUCGACCUUUCACAUGAACAACUAGUCUAUUAUAGUAGGGGAUUUCUUUUCUCUAAUAGGCUUAAAUCUGCUUAUGACCACAAAUUGCUUGCUUUAGUAUUGGCUUUACGGAAACAUUAUUUAUCGGGGAGACAUUUUUUUUGUUCGGGCAUAUGUCCUAAUUUUUUUAUGGAACAUAGGUUCUCACCUACAAGCAACAGUUACAACUAUCUGACAUCUUCCCUUUAAUAUCACUAUUUCUUAUCGUGGUGGGAAAGAAAAUCAAGGAGCUAAUGCCAUGUCUUGUCCGCCCCUACCUGCUGACUGUUCGCUUUGGCUAUACCAUUUAGCCUUGAUUUAUCUGACUUACAGGUGCUCUUGCAGUUGAUUUUUAUAUCAAUGGGAUUUUUACUUUGGCAUCUGACCCUCUGAGUCUCGCCCAGAUUCUCUAUGGCUGGAUCAUUUACUUUAUUUCAUUAUCGUUUGAUUAUCCUAGAUUAUAAAAUUUUGGAGCAAAAGCUGCUUUAAGAAGCUCAUAAUACCCCAGUUGCAGGUCAUAGUGGUUUUUUUAACACACUCCAGCAAGACAUUUGUCUCUUCUCAUAAGAUUUUAUUCACUCAUUUUAUUUGUCUGGAUUAAGGCAAGAAAUACAUCACCAGGUUCUAAAUUGUUUACAAUGUAAGCAGAAUACAUACCAAACUCUUCC